AUGCCCAUAGAAAAGUUAUCCCCUGCGUUGGACAACAUCAUCGACAGCGACGCCCCAAUAGAGGAACACGGCACCGGAUAUGGUGGGUCGGAGGGACCGGCGGAGGGGCCGGUGUGGUGGAGUGACGGCGGCUACCUGCUGUUUAGCGAUAUCCACAACAACCGCCGGGUGCGCUACACGCCGGGAAGCGGCGUUACCGUGGACGCCGAACCGGUAAAUCGCCACAAUGGCCUGACGCGCGACCAGCAGGGUCGCCUUAUCGCGGCCGAACACGAUGGCCGGCGCGUCAGCGGGCUGGAGCGCGACGGGUCCACCACGGUGUUGGCCAACCAGUUCCAGGGUCGCCAGCUGAACCGCCCCAACGACGUAGUUGUGAAGUCCGACGGCGCAGUUUAUUUCAUUUCCAUUCACAUUCCACCGACCGUGGACAUUCCGCCGCCCCCGCGAGCAGUGGGAACAGACGAUUUCUGGCGUAUUUCGGCUGUCGGCCGACCUGGGGCUUUUGAAGUCCAGGACGACGGGAGCGUGUCAUUGGCGACGCAGAGGUUGUUCGCCGAUAUGCGCGGCGAGCGGGAAGGCGUACCCGAUGGUAUGAAAGUGGACGUUGAAGGCAACGUUUAUUGCGGCGGUGCGGGCGGUCUGCACAUCAUGAAUCCUGGGGGAGAGACGUUGGGAAUCGUGGUGCAUGGUCAGCCGGCCACCACUAACCUUUGCUUUGGCGGCGCGGACUGGAAGACGCUGUACUUCACGAGUCGCAACACGGUAGGCAGCGUGCCGGUGAAAAUCGCAGGCUUGCCGGUUCCUGCCAGGUAA